CCACACCAGCACCACCCAGCACCGAUGGCCGGCGACGACGGACGUGCUCCCUCCGGCCUCCGCGUCGUGAUGUUCCCCUUCCCGUUCUGGAGCCACAUUAACCAGAUGCUCCAGCUCGGGAAGCUCCUCCGUGCGCGGGGCCUGGGCGUCACCAUGCUCCACACCGACUUCAACGCGCCCGACCCCGCACUCCACCCGGACAUCACCUUCGUGUCCAUCCGCGAGUCCCUCCCCGCCGAGGUCGUCGCCAACCCCGACAUGGUAGAGCAGAUGAUGCAGCUCAACGCCGUCUGCGAGGCGCCGUUCCAGGCGGCCCUCGCCGGGGAGCUGCUGGCGCGCGGUACAACAACCGGUGGCCCGCGCGAGGUCGCCUGCGUGGUGGUCGACGGGCAGUGGUACAAGAUGCUGGGCGCGGCCACGCGUGUCGCUGUCCCCGCGCUCGUGCUGCGCGCCGACGGCGCCGCCACCUUACUCAGCAUGCUCGCCACCCCGCGCCUCCGCGCCGACGGUUACCUCCCCAUCAAAGAAGAGCGGCUGGACGAGGUGGUGCCGGGCCUGGAGCCCCUGCGCGUGCGGGACCUGAUCCGCGUGGACGGCAGCGACGACGAGACGGUGCUCCGUUUCAUCACCCGCAACGCCGAGGCCGUGCGGGCCUCGUCGUCGGGCGUGGUGCUGAACACGUUCGAGGGCAUCGAGGGCGCGGCGCUGGCCAAGAUCCGGCGCGAGCUGUCCGGCCGCCCGGUCUUCGCCGUGGGGCCGCUGCACCUGGCGUCGCCGGACCCCGCGGCGGCGGCGGCCGCGGGGUACCAGGACGCGCCGGACCCCACCUGCUUGGCGUGGCUGGACGCGCGCCCGCCGCGCUCCGUUCUGUACGUCAGCAUGGGAAGCGUGGCGCGCGUCGACCGCGCCGUGUUCGAGGAGACGGCGUGGGCGCUGGCCGGCAGCGGCGUGCCGUUCCUGUGGGUCCUCCGCCGCGGCUCCGUCCGCGGCGCGGAUGAGGAGGUGCCGCCGGUCCCGGAGGAGCUCCGCGAGACGGUGAGGCACAGGGGCAAGAUCGUGGCGUGGGCACCGCAGAGGGAGGUCCUGGCGCACCCGGCGGUGGGUGGGUUCUGGACGCACUGCGGGUGGAAAUCCAUGGUGGAGGCCAUAUCCGAAGGGGUGCCCAUGCUCGUGCAGCCGUGCUUCGCCGAGCAGAUAGUGAACGCGAGGUAUGUGACGCACCAGUGGGGCAUCGGGUACGAGGUCGGGAAGCCGCUUGAGAGGACAGCCAUGGCGAAGGCGGCUAGAAAGCUGAUGGCCGGCGAGCUGGGGCCACAGGGGCCAAGGGAGAGGGCUCGGCUUCUUAAGGCGCAGGCGAAGCAGUGCGUUGCAGAAAGAGGAGGAAUUAGUUUGGCUCUCGACGGUCUGGUGGACUACAUUUGCUCGCUGUGAUGUUUGAUCAGCUUUCAGGUUUCAGCAUGACGAUGGCGCUCUG